AUGUCGCUUGAGCCUCCUACCACUGCAAAGGUCACGUUAAAUACCACUAAGGGCCCAAUAAAAAUUGACAUAUUUGCUAAAGAACUACCGUCGACAUCAUCCGCAUUUAUAAAACUCUGUCAUUUCAAUAAAUUCAAAGACACGUUAAUACAAGUCAACCGACAAUACAUCUCAUUCUCAUCACUGACCAAAGACAAUAACGACCUUAUCCCUAAAGAAUCACAUUCUCGAAUCAGGUGCAAACAACGUGGUUACGUUGCAUAUUCAAAUGGACAAUGGGUAAUCAGUCGAAGUGAAUUAUCGGGCGUUGAUCAAGUAUUUGGUAAAAUUGAUCAAGAAUCUUCGUGGUAUAUUGUAAAUGAAGUAGCCAAUGGUGAAGUGGAUAAAGACACCGGGAAGUUGGUGUUUCCUGUAACCAUUGUAAACUCAAUUGUUGAUGUACCUUACUUUAAAUUGGAGUUAGGGAAAGAAGAUGGAGUUGGUAAAGGAGAUGAAGAUGAGAGGCUGAAAGUGAAGAAGCCAAGAGUUGUUAUUGAUUACCGUGAUGAUGAUGAUGAAGAGAAAGAGGAGGAAGAAGAAAAGAGUGCAAUACAGAUUAAAAGUGCUUAUGAUACAAGAAAGAGGAAGGGUACUAAAGUGAAGUCAGAAUCAAAAGUAGAUGCUUCGAUAGAGUCUAACCUAGAGACAGUCGAUCAACAAGAACGAGAGGGUUUAAACGAUCAAAGAGACAUCAAUGAGAAAGAUGAAGGAGAAGAUAAUAAUUCCAAAUCAAGUUCAGAAAAUGAUUCAGACUCAGACUCAGACUCAGACUCAGACUCAGACUUUGAUUCCGAAAAUGAUGAAGAAAAUCGUCGACAUCCACUCAAACGAGACCCUACAAUAGAUCCUCCAUUCAACCCAAAUCUCGAUUUAUCAAAUGCAGAAUCAAUAACAUAUUCUGAACUAAAAUCUCAUAAAUUUAUCAUAAAUACAUAA